GUGUGGGAUAUCAGGAGCAAAGCCAACGUGCACACCCUGUCCGGACACACCAACACAGUGGCCACAGUCAGAUGCCAGGCCGCCGAACCGCAGAUCAUCACAGGGAGCCACGACUCUACCAUCAGGCUAUGGGAUCUGAUAGCUGGGAAGACCAGAGCCACUCUCACCAAUCACAAGAAGUCUGUCAGAGCACUGGCCCUACAUCCCAGACAGUAUACCUUAGCCUCUGGCUCUGCCGACAACAUCAAGCAGUGGACGUUCCCAGACGGCAACUUCAUCCAGAACCUCUCUGGACACAACGCCAUCAUCAACGCAAUGGCGGUCAACUCAGACGGCGUGCUGGUAUCAGGAGCUGACAACGGCACCAUUCACCUGUGGGACUGGCGGACCGGCUACAACUUCCAGCGUAUCCACGCCGCUGUGCAGCCCGGCUCACUGGACAGCGAAUCGGGGAUCUUCGCCUGCAUGUUCGACCACUCGGAGAGCAGGCUGAUCACGGCCGAGGCCGACAAGACCAUCAAGGUGUACAAAGAGGACGACACCGCGACCGAGGAAAGCCACCCAAUCAACUGGAAACCAGAGAUCCUCAAGAGGAAAAGAUUCUAGAUUUGCAAAAAAC